AUGGCGAAUCGACGUUGCUUGCAAUCUCUAACCCGUUAUUUCCAUUCCAUAAAAUGUCUAACCCCAUUUUCCCAAACUCUUGCUGCUAGCUCCGUCGACGCUCUCAGCCAAACCCUCAACCGGAAACCCAGUCACUACAUUCCCGGCGACAACAUUAAUGUUUACCCGCGUUCGACCGUAUUUACGCGGCAUUUUUGUUCAAGGCACGGGGAUAAUCAAAAUGAUGACGACGAAGGUGUAAAAGAGGAUGAUGACAGUGAAGGGGGAGAAGAGGAAGAAGACGAAGAAGAAGAAGAAGAAGAAGAAGAAGAAGCUGCGGGUGAAAACGAGAGCCCUGUUUUAUCAGCUCGUGACAAGGAAAAAGAGGCUGCCGAAAUCGGGUACACAGUCAUUGGUCCGCUUCAGGAGUCAGAUGAGGUUUUCAAACCGUAUGAGCCGGUUUUUGCUGUUGUUCAGAUUGGAUCACAUCAGUUCAAGGUGAGCAAUGGGGAUAGCAUUUACGUCGAGAGAUUGAAGCACUGUGAUGUCAACGACAAGUUGGUCCUCAAUAAGGUUCUUAUGCUAGGCUCACAGACACAGACAAUAAUUGGUCGGCCAAUUUUGCCAGAUGCAGCUGUUCAUGCAGUUGUUGAGGAGCAUGCAUUAGAUGCUAAAGUCAUCGUAUUCAAGAAAAAAAGAAGAAAGAACUACAGAAGAACUAAAGGUCAUCGCCAGGAAUUGACCAAGUUAUGUAUAACGGAUAUACAAGGGAUUGAGAAACCAGAAAAGGUCGCUCCUUUAAAGAAAGAAAAGAAAGAAAAGGUUGCUGUUGGAGGUUAAUUGGUGGAAGUAUAGAAGGAGACUGGUAGGCUGAUUUCUAUUGCUUUAGGGAAAUUUUGUUCUUAAGCAAAUUUUUUUUUUUUUAAGGUUUUCUUUUCUUAUCCUAUCAGUUCCUUCUUUUUUCUCUCAUUUUUGUCCAAGAGCUGAAGAUUGAUGUGUAGCAAUCAGUAUUUGAAUUUUCAUGUAUCUGCUGUUUGAAACUGUUUUUACUCAGUCAUUGUAUUUUUUAAUGGAAAAAAUAAUACUUUGGUGUUUAACUUUUCAUGCUUAGAACUUAG